AGAACGGAUAUAGCUGAAUAGCGGGGUCCGGGGAGAGCGGAUAUAGCGAAUGCGGGGUCCGGGAGAGAGCGGAUAUAGCGAAUGCGGGGUCCGGGGAGGAGUCGGAUAUAGCGAAUGCGGGGUCCGGGGAGACCCGGCUAUGGUGAAUGCCGGGUCCCGGGAAGACCGGCUAUGGUUGAAUGCCGGGUCCGGGGAGAGACCGGCUAUGGUGAAUGCCGGGUCCGGGAAAGCGGAUUUAGGGAAUGCGCGGGGGUCCGGGGAGAGCGGAUAUAGUGGUGAAUGAGGGGCUCCCGGGGAGAGCGGAUAUAGUGAAUGCGGGGUCCGGGGAGAGCGGAUAUAGUGACUGCGGGGUCCGGGGAGAGCGGAUAUUCAAGUGAAUGCGCGGGUCCGGGGAGAGCGGAUAUGUGAAUGCGGGGUCCGGGGAGAAGCCGAUAUAGGUGAAAAUGCGGGUCCGGGGAGAGCCGGCU